UCGAUAUCGAAAAGAUAAGCGUUUCAAUGCACUAGUUUUUAAAAUGAGAUUCUGUGAAGGUGUAAAGAGAUCCCACCAUCAAAAAAUAAAUCGAAAUGAAUUGUUUCAAUAGUGUACUUUUGGUUUUGUUGAUCUUUUACUUCAGUCCAGCAUGUGGUUUGAAAUGCUAUACAUGUUCUACAACAAGUACCGAUUAUGACGAUAAUUGUGUAUCAUCUCCAACUGAAGACAUGAGCCGUGACUGCAACAAGAAGUAUUGCAAUAUCAUAAGAGUAGAAGAUAAGGAUCCCAAAAAUCUUAUUGCCUCCAUGUCUAGAGGUUGCAGUGAUGUCUACAUGAAUGGAAAGUCUGAAGAUUAUACACACAUAGUAUACCAAAUGUCUUGUAAAGACGAUUUCUGCAAUUCAGGUAGUGGAAAGACUGGUUCGGAUGGAGGACAUAAUUACCUCGGAGAUAAAUCCACAAUAUACUGUCCUGGUACAGAAUCGUCAGCUUCAGUGCAAUAUAUUUCAAUGAUUUUAAUAAUUUCAUCUAUUGUCAUGGUACUCCGAAUAUGAGUUUGUAGUUAUCAUUAAAAAAAAUAUUUAUUAUUUUA